AUGGCAUCCAUUAACUUCUCCAAAGAGGAAGAGCGUAUCCUCGCCUUCUGGAAGGAAAUCGAUGCCUUCAAAACCUCUGUAAAGCUCUCAGAGGGUCGGAAACCCUUCACAUUCUACGAUGGUCCACCAUUCGCCACCGGUCUUCCACAUUAUGGACAUCUACUCGCCUCCACUAUCAAAGACAUCGUACCCCGAUACGCCCAUAUGAGGGGACACUACGUUGAGCGACGAUUCGGAUGGGAUACCCAUGGCUUACCAGUUGAACAUGAGAUUGAUAAGAAGCUUGGGAUCACCGGAAAAGAGGAUGUGAUGAAGAUGGGGAUCAAGGCAUAUAACGCUGAGUGUCGAGCUAUCGUUAUGAGAUAUGCCGAGGAGUGGGAGAAGACCAUCGGAAGACUGGGAAGAUGGAUUGACUUCCAGAACGACUAUAAAACAUUGAAACCGGAGUUUAUGGAGAGUGUUUGGUGGGUUUUCAAGCAACUUUUCGAAAAGGAGCAGGUCUAUAGAGGAUACAGAGUUAUGCCUUACUCGACUGCUUGUACGACGCCACUGAGCAAUUUCGAAGCUCAACAAAACUACAAGGACGUCCAGGAUCCCGCCGUUGUCGUUUCGUUCCCCCUUCUAGAUGAUCCAACAACAUCUCUACUCGCCUGGACGACUACACCGUGGACACUGCCAUCCCAUACCGGCAUUGCCGCUCACCCGGACUUCGAGUACAUUAAGAUCUUCGAUGAGAAAUCCGGGCACAAUUAUAUUCUUUUGGAGGCUUGCUUGAAGACUCUAUAUAAGGACCCUAAGAAAGCCAAGUUUAAGGUUGUUGAGAAGUUCAAGGGCAAGGAUAUGCUUGGCUGGAAAUAUCAACCGUUGUUCGACUAUUUCUAUGAGGACUUCAAAGAAUUUGGUUUCAGAGUUCUCAAUGCUACCUAUGUUACUCAGGACAGUGGUGUCGGCUUGGUCCACCAGGCUCCAGCCUUUGGUGAGGAGGAUUAUGCUGUUGCAUUUGAGCACGGUGUUAUCAACGACAAGAGACUACCUCCCAACCCUGUCGACGAAGCGGGCAAGUUCACGGAUGAAGUCACAGACUUCGCCGGCAUGUAUGUCAAGGACGCCGACAAGAAGAUCAUCAAGCAUUUGAAGGAUAAGGGUCGUUUGAUUGUCGACAGCACUAUCACUCAUAGCUACCCCUUCUGCUGGAGAUCUGAUACUCCUCUUCUCUACAAGGCCGUACCAGCCUGGUUCGUCAAGAUCCCAACCAUCAUCCCUCAAAUGUUGAAGAAUAUCGAGAAUAUGCACUGGACGCCCGGAAACGUCAAGGACAAGCGUUUUUCGAAUUGGAUUGCCAAUGCUAGAGACUGGAACAUCUCGAGAAAUAGAUACUGGGGUACCCCACUGCCCAUCUGGGUUAGCGAGGACUAUGAGGAGAUGGUUUGCAUUGGUUCCAUCGCCGAGCUUGAAGAACUUUCUGGAGUUACUGGUAUCACCGACUUACACCGGGACUCCAUUGAUCAUAUCACUAUCCCUUCGAAAAAUGGCAAGGGCGAUCUGAAGCGUAUUGAAGAGGUCUUUGACUGCUGGUUUGAAUCCGGAAGUAUGCCUUACGGGAGCAAGCACUACCCAUUCGAGAACAAGGAACAGUUUGAGAAUGCUUUCCCCGCAGAUUUCAUUGCUGAAGGUCUCGACCAGACUAGAGGGUGGUUUUAUACACUAACAGUCCUCGGUACCCAUUUGUUUGGUAUCUCACCGUUCAAAAACUGUAUUGUCAACGGUAUCGUGUUGGCUGAGGAUGGUAAGAAGAUGUCGAAGCGAUUGAAGAAUUAUCCGGAUCCAACAAAUGUCAUGGACGCCUAUGGAUCGGAUCCUCUCCGUUUGUACCUUAUCAAUUCACCGGUCGUCAGAGCCGAGCCAUUGCGGUUCAAGGAGGCCGGUGUUAAGGAAGUUGUAUCCAAAGUUCUUCUCCCGCUCUGGAACAGCUAUAACUUCUUCGCCGGCCAGGCAGCACUUUUCAAGAAGGUUCAUAACGAGGACUUCAUUUUUCACCUCGAAGGCGGUGGUAGCAAGAAUGUGAUGGACCGAUGGAUUCUUGCUAGCACCUCUAGCUUCCUCGCUUUUGUCAACAAAGAGAUGGCCGGUUAUCGUCUGUAUACUGUUGUUCCACGCAUUCUCGAGCAAAUUGACAACAUGACCAACUGGUACAUUCGAUUUAACAGGAAGAGAUUAAAGGGCGAAUAUGGAAAGGAAGAUACUUUGCACGCUUUGAACUCGCUGUUUGAGGUUCUGUUUACAAUCGUCCGAGCUCUCGCGCCUUUUACCCCGUUCAUCACGGAUAACCUGUACCAGAGGUUGCUACCGCACAUCCCCAAGGAGAUGUUGCCAGAAGACCACAGAUCUGUUCACUUCUUGAGUUAUCCCGAUGUGAGGGAAGAGCUAUAUGAUGAAGUUGUGGAGAGGCAAGUGGCGAGGAUGCAGAAGGUUAUUGAUUUGGGACGAGUUAGUCGAGAGCGUAAAGCUAUUGGACUCAAGACCCCACUGAAAACCUUGGUUGUCAUUCAUCCGGACCCAGAGUACCUUUCUGAUGUUGAGAGUCUACAAUCCUACAUCAAAUCCGAGUUGAACAUCCGAGACCUAGUGUUGAGCUCCGAUGAGGAGAAGUAUGGUGUCAAGUAUACCCUCCAAGCUGACUGGCCGACUUUGGGCAAGAAGCUGAAGAAAGAUGUGCAAAGGGUGAAGAAGGCGCUACCAAGCCUCUCAUCAUCAGCUUGCAAGGCCUUUGUUGCCGACAAGGAGAUCUCGGUGGACGGGAUCCAACUUGUUGAGGAGGAUCUGAAGGUGUUCAGAGAAGUUGAUCCGGAAAGCCCGUACUGCCAGGACCACGAGACGAAUACGGAUCAAGAUGUACUUACUAUCUUGGACGUGGCUUUGCAUCCUGAACUGCAAAGUGAGGGAUUGGCUAGGGAGAUCAUCAAUCGUGUGCAGAGGUUGAGGAAGAAGGCAGGGUUACAGGCGACAGAUGAUGUUAAGAUGGUGUUUAAGAUCAAAGAGGACCCCAUUGGACUAGAAGGAGUGUUCGAAGAACAGGAAGAAACCAUUGAGAAAGUUUUGAGGAGAAAGGUGGAGAAGGAUGAGGGCGGUGGUGAGGUUUUGAUGGAGGAGGAUCAGGAGAUUCAGGGAGCUACAUUUUUGCUGAGAUUGUUGAAGCUUUAG